UUUGACAAUAAGUAUUUCUUUUAAUUAUAUUUUAUAGGAAGUCAUUUCUUUAUAAUAUUCAUUAAGAGUUACUUUAUCGCCUCGUUAUGCUUCGGCCAAUAAUUAUUACAAGUCUAAAAACAUUUUUAGAAAAACAAAGUGUCAGAUAUAAAGUAGUUAAACCCGUUUCAUACUUGAAACCAGCGGAUAAAUUAAAGCAAUUUAAUAAAGAAAAUAAGGAACUCUUUGGGCCCCUAUUAGAAACGAAUAAGCAAAAAAAAAGUAGAUUGAAAAAGGAAGCUAAAAAUAGACCACAUCAAAACAACGAAGUGACCGCAUCGAAUGAAAGUACGCAAAAGUUUAUCGACGUUACGAGACAAGAUGCUGUAGUAAAUCAGAGCCUUUGUGCUAAUAGAAGAUACAUCAGUGCUAUUAGGAGUGUAAAAAGUUUUAAACACACUAUGUGGCAAAAUACGAGGACUUGUUUUAAUCUAGUGGGAGUUUUAUUUAAUGGAACACCUGUCAGGGGUAUAAAGACAUUUGUAGUGAACAAUGCAACCGGCAGUUCAGCUGCACAACCUGGGUACGUCAGUGAGGACAAAAUUCUCCAAAUUAAACAACACCAGAAUGAUUAUGCCCAACAAUACCCAUCUGUUACUUUAAUAUUAAACAAAACAAUGACCGAAGAGUCAAGAAAAUCAUUAGAUAAAUGGAAGAAAGAAAGAAUAGAAGAAAUGGGGUUGGAAGAAUUUAAUACAUUUUAUCAAGCUCAAUUGGCAUCCGGCACAAAAUUUCAUAAUACCCUGAAAACAUAUUUCACGCAACCAAGGAACCAACUACGUAUAGAAAAAGAUGUCGAAGGUGUCUGGUUGUCCGUCGCGGAGGUAUUGAAAAGUAUAUCUUCACCGAAGGCGAUAGAAUCUAAUGUAAUACACCCUGUAUUGAAAUACCGUGGAGUAUUUGAUGCUAUUGCUGAUUAUGAAGAAAAACCAACACUUAUUGAAUGGAAAAAAUCAGACAAGCCACGAAAAUCGAUAGCAAUGACAUACGACAAUCCUGUCCAGUUGGCAGCUUACUUUGGUGCAGUAUGCAAUGAUCUGAAUUACAAACACUUCAACGUAAGAGACGCUUUACUAGUCAUAGCUUACACAGAUGGUUCUAAGGCAGAUGUAUUCCAUCUAUCAACGGAUAAGCUUAGAGAACAUUGGGCACAAUGGUUGAUCAGACUGGAAGAGUAUAUGGAGAAAUAUAGCAAUGAUUCAGAGAAGAUUUUGAAGGGUGGGAAACGGUCGUUCGAGGAGGAAAUUGGGAAACUCUAAUAAUUUAAGAGACAAUUCAUCAAUCACCUGUUGGAUCUUAUCUACAAGAUAAUCGAAACAAAAAAACCUCGAAAUUGGAGUCUCACUAGAUUGAGGAAUAAUAUGCGGUACAUUACAUACAAAUGUUACCAUUUAUUUGAAUAAAAUAGCACAUGUGAUAUGCCAAUAUUUGAAGGAAAAUAUGACAUUCAUAAUAUUUACGAAAUGAUCAUAAGUUUCUUUAAAUUUUCACAAGCACUGCAUAAAAAAAGCUAUCUAAUAUUUGUUUGUAAUGUAACUAGUAUAUUCUGUGGUCAAUUAUUAUAAAAGAAAAUUAAAAAAAAAAGUUCCAUUGCUAAUGACAUUUCUAGCGUGAAUGCAUUUAUUAAUUCCAGUUCUUAUAUUUUCCUUACAUUUGUAGUUCUAAUUCAGCUGUUAUAGAAAUAUUAUAUUAACAUAUCUUUAUUUGAUCCAUAUACUUAAGUUUUCAACUCAGUGGAAAAUGAAAUUGCUUGUUCCAUGGGCAUUAAUGAAUAAGGUGAAUUUUUGCCUUCUAUUUCGAAACUUAUUUAAAUAUCACUCAGAUAUAAGGUAUGUUUCACGUUUUCACUGGAAUAUUUGUGCUUUUCAAUGCCUUAUAAAGUCAAAAUCAAUACAAAACAUUGUUAAGUUAGUUGUUUAACAGUUAUGGUAAAGAAACAUGACAUGAAUAUAUGUUUUACACCAUAAUAUUGCAAUUAUUGUUUCUGUCGUGAAUAGUUUAAUAUUUACAAAAAUAAGACAAUUUGUCAAUGGUGGCUGAGGUAAAGACUGGAAUUGUUAUUGGGUAUGUUGUUAUCUUAGAAUGUUGUUAGAGGAAGAGUGAGUACCAACUGAAGCUUGAAGUUCAAAGCGGAGUAAUGUGAAGUUAUAAGGCUCCAAAACACAUGUACACUAAAAUUAUAUGAUAGAAGUAUAAUAUAAUUAUAUCUGUAUUGCUUUAAUCUAUGAGUAUGCUGGUUGUUAAAUGUUCUUAUUAAAUAUAAUUUUAACUUUAUUAAUUGUCCUAGCUUAAAAGUGAAUAUGUAGUGCGUAAAAUUUUAUUACAUAUGUAUCUUAUUUCCUAAGUAAAUUAAUAAUUUGCUAAAUUGAACUACUACAUACAUACAUGUGAAUCGUAAUAACUAAUUAUUAUAUACCAAAGUUAUUUUUUUAAUGUUUAAAAGUAUCUUUUAUGUAUACUUCUGAUACUCCCUAUAUAUAAUUUAGCAUUUGAACUAUGCUAAGACAUACAUGUGUGUUGGAACCUUAAGAAACUAAUUGGUGAAUAUUUAAGUGUCUGUAUUUAUUAUGGUUAAGUCUUUAUAUUAUAGCAACGCAUUGCAUUGGUCGUUUUUGUAAAUUAUUGUUAUUUAAAUUAAUUAAUAAUAAAUAAUGUUUUGACUAGUUUUUUUUCGCGUUUGUUAAUUUUUUUUUAUCUAAUCUAAUGUAGUACAAAAACUUUUUUUUUAAAUAAUUAAAAUAAAUUCUAAUGAAUGAAAAAAAAAUACGAAACAAUUUUUUUUUCAUACAAGUAAAACUGUAAUACUAUCUUAUCGAUGUAAAGGGAAAAUAAUUGUUUACGGGCAUUAUUAUCGUGGUAUUUAUGAAAGCUUAUCAAAAACAACAAUUGCCACAUCUUAUUAUGUUAAUUUGAUAUAAACAUUUUUCAUUACAAAAUGAUGGGUUUUCAUUAUUUCUCGAAUUCUUUUUAUUUCAUGUUAAGUGUUUUUAGUAUGCCAAAUAAAUCUUUAACAACUA